AUGCUUGGUCGUUCCAUGCUGUUACUUCCUGCCCUUCAGCCGUCUCUUCCUCGUUUUAUGUGUAAAAAAGUGCCCACACAACCAGUAGACAAAGAUAAGCAAAGGCACACUCGUGUACGAAAGGGCGCUUUCACUGCAAAGGACCUAUUUGAUCAACUUACUGGUCCCCCAAGUCCCAAAAAGUACGUUCCCAUCAUUAUCCUACAGCGCAGGUUAAUAAACACGCCAUUGGAAACAGACUCUACGGAGUUGUCAAGCACUAUCACGGAUAAACCAAGAAAAAUAAGUAAGAUUGUCCUUCCGUUGUAUUUGAUUCAAGAUGAACGCGCGAAUCCCAGCCAAACUGCCACGGUAGAACCAGGCAGCAUACCUCUGAUUCGUCUUACUCCUCUCCAAGCUCCCGAACCUGCUCACAACUUCCCGAAACCUCUUGACCUACAUCUUUUUACCGGAAUGGAAAUAUCCAAGCAUAGUUGGUUUAAAACUUAUUUCAAAAACAUUGUUCUAGAUUACGACCAGCUCAAUCAUCCCACCUCAAGGUGUCCGGUUUUUGAUGCCAUCAAUGAACUAGAAAUCUCCCUUAUGUGUUCAAGUUCACCUCUGAAUCAAUUUGAGGAGUGGCUUCAGUGGACUGCAGAAGGUAAAAUGUGGAAGUUUCCCAUUGAUAACGAACAGGACUGGGAAGAACAGCAGGUACCGUUCCACGAACACGUGUUUCUGAAGAAACACGUAGACCAACGGCUCCUUAACUGCCGACCCCUCGCCACAUUCAUGGAUCUAGUCUGCCACGGACUGGCACAAAAUCCUCACUUUACCGUUGAGCAAAAGUUGGAGCACCUACGUUGGUGUCUCACUGCGGAUGCUCAAACGUCAUCACGACCGACCGUGGAAUGCCUAUCAAACUUUCGCAAUCCGAUACGUACCGCAACUUCGUAGACUGUCGUCGUAUUCACCCGACGGCAUAUCACGCUGCAGCUAAAGGCCAAGUCGAACGCUUCCAUCGACCGCUUAAGUCAUCUCUCUGUGCCAAAUUCGACCCUGACUAGAGCGAAAACAUUUCGCUGGUACUACUAGGUAUGCGCAACAAUACCAAAGCUGACCUGCA